AUGUAUCCUUUCGCUGACAUCGACGUUUCUUUGAAAAGACUUCCUCCUGUUUAUGGCUAUCGUGCUCAAAAACUGACUUCGCUUGAAAAAGCAUUAGAACCUGUACAAUCUCAAAUCGAUCAAUUGCCUUAUUUUGUGAAAAUAGCAAAGCGCAAUUGUCAUUAUCCAUCAGAGCACGGUCUAUCGCAUGAUGAAUCUGCUUCUAUUUAUAUUUAUACUAUGGAAUGGGGUGAAACUUCUUUGUACCGUGUACUAAAUAAAGCAUUGCGCUCGGACAAUAGACAAACUUUAACAAUAUGGUUUCCAUAUCUGAAGUUGUUUGACACAGCAUCAGAUAAGUUAUCAACUGUUAAACAAACAGUUUGGAGAGGUGUGAAUGGGGACAUUGGCAAAAAUUGCUUUAAAGGUCAAGUCCUUCAAUGGUGGUUUGUUAGUUCGUGUUCUUUAUCACUAGAUGUUACACGAGGUUUCCUCGAGAAGAAGGAAAGCUCAACACUGUUUCGCAUUGAAGCUAUUAAUGGCAAGAAAACUUCUGGAUAUGCACAAUAUGAAAGUGAGGAUGAAAUUAUUUUACGAAUCGGUACAGAACUUCACGUCAAGAGUGACCCUUCAAUUCAACCCAACGGAUCCUUUCUCGUCCAUUUGGUCGAAGUUGAUGACGAGAAUCGUCAACCGUUAGCUUCGACUAUCAAAGAAUCAAAUCUAAAUCAUAAAAAAGAACAAAACAACAAUGCAAAUUCGAAUAGGACCUCUGAUGAAAAUGGACAUGUAAUGCUGUCAUAUAAUCACAAUAGUAAAGAUCUGGUCAAGAGCGUUUACGAAAGUCUACGAGCUGAAAAUAUUCCUGUAUGGUUUGACGAGAGAGAUAUGCAAGACAACAUGUAUGACAGUAUGGCCAAAGCAGUAAGUGAUGCUUCAGUUGUUUGCUGUUUCCUGACGCGAGAAUACGAAGAGUCGAAGAACUGCAAACUUGAAUUGGAGUAUGCACAAAAACUGCGCAAACGUAUUAUUCCUUGUAUGGUUAGCAAUAGAAAAAUUUGGAAGCCAACAGCUUCAAGAUGGUUAGAUUUCAUUACUGGUUCGACACUUGCCAUUGACUUCUCGGAUACUUCCACCCAAAGGAAGAUUGAAAAAAUCAAAGAACUCAUUCAUAGAAUAAAACAUGAACAUUCUACUGCAACAAAUGAACCAAGGUCAUCAUCACAUGAUUUUCGCACACGGAUCAAGCAAAAGUAUCUUCAAGAAAGUACUGUCAUACGAAUGAUGGACGAAGGACAAUGUUUUCCAAUCGAACAAAGCUAUGUUAAUCUGGCCAUAGUGGGAGCUGCAGAGCAGCAAGAAAAGGAGAAACUGUUGAAAGAGCAUGAUCAAAAAGAUCGAGAUAAAUACAGUGACCCAAUGACAAGUUCAAAACGAUAUCAUGGCACCCUUCUGAGUACAUAUGAAGAAAUUCAUACUGCAAAAACUCCAAUCGAUGUUCAGAAUAUAUUCAACGAAUGCAAAGGUUCAACGAGAAAGAUACUCAUACUCGGACGAGCUGGAAUAGGGAAAUCGAUAUUUUGUCAGUAUGUCACGUACAGAUGGGCAAAGGAUGAGCUUUUGUCUGAAUAUCAGCUUGUUGUUUUGAUCCGAUUACGAAAAUUGACAGAAAAUCGCUAUCCACCUGGGACAUAUUCAUUAGCAGAUCUUCUGAAAAAAGAAUAUUUCCCAUUCGAAGAUUUAUCAUAUGAAGAGAUACAGAGUUUCACAGGAAUGUGCAACAAGCAUCAAGUUCUAUGGAUACUAGAUGGAUAUGAUGAAUUCUCCAAAAGCAGUCCCGAACAGCUAAGAGACGUCUUUGAGUGCAUAUAUCGAACGCAACAUCAUAUCUUGACCAGUCGUCCAUAUGCUAUUGAAUUACGAUAUGAUGUUAAGUUGGAAAUUGUAGGCUUCACAAAUGACGAUAUACCAAAGUAUAUCGAUCAGUUCUUCAAUCAGCUUAAACCAAAUAUACAAAAUGUUACCGUCGAAAGUAAAAAGCUCCUUCGCUUUUUGGAAUCUAAUUCGAAUAUUUGGGGUAUUUCUCAUAUUCCUGUAAAUUUAGAGCUCAUUUGUAGCCUCUGGACUGAUCCGCAUUGGUCAAAAACAACAGCACUCACAAUGACAGCUUUGUAUGAUAACAUAAUAGAGUGGCUAUGCCGUCGUCAUUUGGCACGAAACAAAAUAAAUCAUGGAGAGAUGAGCAAACAAGCUGUCUACAAACAUUUCGAUGGAGAGUUGCAACUUUUGGAACUUUUAGCUUUCCGAGCCAUGGAAUAUAACACUAUCCUGUUCACAUCGAAUUUUCUGGAAGAAAUAGAAGCCGAACUAGUUUGUCCCUUGUCCGACUAUUCCAAUUUAUUCAACAUAGGAAUUCUUAAAUCGUACGAAGAUAAUUCGAUUGGCACUGCGAAACCAAUGAAAAAACAGCACUACUUCAUACAUCUUAGCUUUCAAGAACAUUUUGCUGCCAGAUAUUUACUACGCUUGCUGAAAGGCACAACCAAACAGAACGCGAUCAAUUUCAUCAAAAAUAACCGAUACGAUCAUCGGUUUCACUUUGUUUUUACCUUUGGAUCAGGUCUUCUCGCACAUAUACCUUAUCGAUCGUGCCUCGAACUCUUUUGGUCGACUAUUCAAGAAGAACCAGCAGAUUUAAUCGGCAUCACAGCCAUCAAACUAACAAUAGCUUGCAUCGACGAAUUACUUCCUCAUGACGUAUUCCCGCAAAGGACACAACACUUGAAAUCUAUAUCCGAUUGGAUCAAGUUCUGCUCCCAACAUCAUUCCCCACCAAUUCGAGAACAACUAGUACAAUCAUUAAAUCAGACGAACUAUUUACUAAAAAAUUCAUUGAUACAAAACACAUUAGUCACAAUUAUAGAGCAAGAUCAACUAGACGACCCAGAAAACAUUAUCUGGUUCGUCUCUGCCCUAUGCAUCACUGAACCAUCAGAAAAAUUGAUAUUCAAAGUACUUCCAUACCUGAAACACCCCAAGCAAAGUGUUCGUGUAGCAGCCUGUCAUGUUCUGGAAUCAAUAGGUGAGAAGGCAGCGACGCCAGAGGUUAUCGCCGCUCUUAUUAACGUGACGCUAGACGAGCAGGAUAAUGUUCGUGCAGCAGCCUAUCAAGCUUUCGGAAGUAUGGGUGACAGAGGAGCGACGUCAGAGGUGAUCAGCACUAUGCUCAACGGGAUCGGAGAUAAAGGCGAUAACGCUGGCUCAGCGGCAUGUACCGCUCUGGGUAGUAUGGGUGCCAAAGCAGCGACAUCAGCCGUGAUCGACGCCCAGCUCAACGCCAUACGCAAUGGUGCUGGGUAUUUGUUCCGAGCAGUCGCCGAUGCGUGGGUGAACAUGUGGGAAAAAGCAUAUACGGGCGAGGUGAUCGCGGCUGUGCUCAAAGCGGUGCGAGACCCGAAUGAAAAUGUUCGUGCAGUAGCGUGGCGAGUUUUUGGGAGACUAGGGGAAAGGGGAGCGACACCAGAAGUGAUCGCCACGAUGCUGGAAGCAUUACGAGAUGGAGAUUCGUACGAUCGUCAAGCAGCAUGUCAAGCCUUGCAUGGCAUAGGUGAAAAAGCAGCGACGCCAGAGGUGAUCGCCGCUCUGAUACACACGAUCGAUGAUAAAGAUGAGAAUGUCCGUAGAGCAGCCUGUGCAACUCUGGGUAAUAUCGGUACAAAAGCAGCGACACCAGAGGUGAUCGCCGUUCUGGUACACGCGAUGCAAGAUGCAUGCACGUGGGUUCGUAAUGUAGCCUGUGAAAGUGUCGGCCGGAUAGAAGAAAACGCAGUCACGGAUCAGACGAUCACAGCAGUGGUCGACGCUAUGGGAGAUACAGAUGAGAGUGUCCGUCGUACAGCGCACGAAAUUUUGGCUCAGAUGAGUGAGAAUGGAGUGAUGUCAAAGGUAAUCACCGUUCUGGUACAUAUGAUCGACGAUAAAGAUGAGAAUGUUCGUACAAAAGCCUGUAUAACUCUGGGUAACAUGGGCGACAAAGCAGCGACGCCAGAGGUAAUCGACACUAUGCUCAAGGCGAUGGGAGAUGAAAAUAUGGCAGUUGUUACCGCAGCAUGUAUAGCUAUGGGUAACAUGGGUGCCAAAGCAGCGACACCAGUCGUGAUCAAGGCACAGCUCAGUGCCAUACGCAAUGGAGAUGAGGAUAUUUUCACAGCAGCGACUGACGCGUUGGUGAACAUGUGCGAAAAGGAAUCCACGAAAGACGUGAUAGCCGCUAUGCUCAACGCGUUUGGACAUUCAGCUGAAGUUGUUCGUGAAGGAGCUCGUCGAGUUUUGAUGAAGAUAUGGAAAGAAGCAGUGUCCUCAGAAGUGAUUGUCGGUCUGGUGCACGCGAUGGAAGAUGAAGAUGAGGAUGUCCGUACAUCAGCCUAUUUAACUCUGGGUAAUAUGGGUGAAAACGCAGCUACGCCAGAAGUUAUCGCCACUAUGCUCAAGGCGAUGGGAGAUGUAGAUUGGUUCAAGCGUAAGGCAGCCUGUGAAGCGUUGGGCAGCAUAGGUGAAAACGUAGCGACGCCAGAGGUGAUCGCCGCUCUGGUAUACGCGAUGGGAGAUGAUGAGGAGAGUGUCUGUAUAUCAGCGUGUUCGACUCUCGGUAGUAUGGGUGAAAAAGCAGCUACGUCAGAAGUUAUCGCCACUAUGCUCAGAGAGAUGCGAGAUGGAGGUUGGUUCAAGCGUAAGGCAGUCUGUGAAGCUUUGGCUAGCAUAGGUGAAAAAGUUGUGACGCCAGAAGUUAUCGCCGCUCUGAUACACACGAUGGAAGAUAAAGAUGAAAGUAUCCGUAGAACUGCCUGUGGAACGUUGGGCAACAUGGGUACAAAAGUAGCGACACCAGAGGUUAUCGCCGCUCUAAUACACGUGAUGGAAGAUGAAGAUGAGAAUGUCCGUACAUCAGCCUAUUCAACUCUGGGUAAUAUGGGUGAAAAAGCAGCUACGCCAGAAGUUAUCGCCACUAUGCUCAAGGCGAUGGGAGAUGGAGAUGGGUUCAACCGUAAGGCAGCGUGUGAAGCUUUGGGUAGCAUAGGUGAAAAAGCAGCGACUCCAGAGGUGGUCGCCGCUCUGAUACACGCGAUGGAAGACGAAGAUAACAGUAUCCGUACAUCAGCCUAUUUAACUCUGGGUAAUAUCGGCGAAAGAGCAGCAACGCCAGAAGUGAUCGCCGCUCUCGUACACGCGAUCGGCGAUGAAGAUGACAUUGUCCGUACGAUUGCCUGUAUAUCUCUAGGUCGCAUGGGUGCCAAAGCAGCGACGCCAGCCAUAAUCGAGGCCCAGCUCAGUGCCAUAAGCAAUGGAAGUAUGGGUAUUGUUCGAGCAGCCACUCAGGUAUUGGUGAACAUGUGCGAAAACGGGUCUACGGAAGACGUGAUCGCGGCCGUGCUAAACGCAUUACGAGAUCCAGACCAGCUUGUUCGAGCAGGAGCUCGUGGAGCUUUGUUUAAGGUAGGCUGGAAAGCAGCGACGCCCGAGGUGAUCGCAGCUAUGUUGGAAACUAUGCAGGAUGGAGAUCUGUACGACCGUGGAGCAGCAUGUGAAGCUUUGGGUAGGAUAGGUGAAAAAGCAGUGACGCCGGAAGUGAUCGCUGCUAUGCUACACUGUAUCCGUGAUGAUGAUGCUGGUCUCCUUUUUGCAGCUCGCCAAGGAUUGGUUGAGAUAAGUAAGAAUGGAGCAAAGUUGGAUGUGAUCGGUGGCAUACUUAAAACGAUGCGAGAUGAAGAUUGGUGGUACUGCAAAAAACUCUUCAAGGUGUUGGAGGAGAUGGUUGAAGAAGCAGCAACGCCGGACGUUAUCGCCAUGCUACUGGAUUGGGUCCCAGAUGACUUGUUUUCAGCGAGUGAGGUGAGGAGAAAAUAUCUUAAAGAAAUGUUGUAUGGAUGUACGAGAAAGUUUCAUAUCGGAGCUGAUUUGAUAGAGAAAAUCCACUCAUUCAUCGCUCAUGAUGCAUACUUUGAUUCUGAUGUAAUAUCAAUUGAACAUCUACUUAGUGUGUAUAUACACAGUGGAGAUUCCGCUUGGUUACCCUUAAUUUUUACUCUGGGCUUGCUCAAUGGGAUGGCUCUCACAGUGGUACAUGGUGGAAUCAAAAUUCAUAAAGGCGGAGAGGCGCAAGAUAUCGACGUCACUGAUCGUUCACUAAUCGAUCGUUUGAUGGAAGUUUUCAAAGUCGAAAAGAUAAAGAUGAUGAACCAGCUGGUCGUUUACGAUGGCUAA